GAACUUUGAUUUUUCUUCGUUGCUGAGUUCGUCAGUUAUUUCUCGGUUCGUUCAUAAUCUAUAUCUUCCAUUAAUUUUUACUGAGUUGAUUGUUGCUCUGAUUACCUUCCUUUCCGUUCUCAAUUUCUCCUUAGCUUGUUACUGUCAUUGUUUCAGAUGAAUACAUAAUUACUAAUCAUAGUUUCGUAUAUAUUGAUCUUCGUUCAUUUUCCGAGUAGUUUCAAACCAUUUAUUUGUGAAUACAGAGUGAAAACCUGCCUCCCCAAGUACUAUCUAUCUGAAGGCUGCAAACUAAUUUAAAAAGAAGAAAAUAGGAAAAUGUCAAUUUCAAAUUAACCUGAAUUUCAAAAAUAAAUAAGCCGUCUUAUCUAUUCCAAUUACUUAGAACUAUAUAUGUAAUAAUAAUAAGUAUUACAUAUUUGCUCAGAACAUAGAAUUAGAAUGCCGCAAGGAAGAAGAAAAAUUCCAUUUAGUGGAAAAGCAAAAAAGGAACAGAUUAAAGCAAAAAAACAGUCAAAAGAUAGUUUUCAGAAGAAACCAUUCCUUCUAAAAAAGGAUGAAGAUAUAGAUGAAGAUUCAGUAAAUGUUGAGAAAAUAAACUUCCAACCUACUAAAGGUAGUGGGUCAAAACCCAACAGAUAUGCUUUACAAUUUUUCAAAGAAAGUGCAGAAGACAUAAAAAGACAAAAAGAAAUUGCCAGGCAUACUCUGGAAUUGAAAGAUAAAAAAGAUUUGGAAGUAGAUGGAAACCAAUUUUUUGAUAAAGUCUUAGAUUUUCCCAAAAGACCACCUUGGGAUUAUAGUUUGGAAAAAACCCAGUUGGAAGCACAAGAACAACGAUAUUUUACAGAAUAUGUAAAAGGAAUUCAGGAAAAAUUUGAUUGGAAGGAACUAAGUUUAUUUGAACUGAAUAUAGAAACAUGGAGGCAGCUUUGGAGAGUUAUUGAAAUGUCUGAUAUUAUUUUAUUUAUUGUUGAUAUUAGAUUUGCAGCGUUGAUGUUUCCUCCAUCUUUAUAUGAUUAUGUUACAAAUGAACUCAAAAAAGAUUUUAUUCUAGUGAUAAACAAAAUAGAUUUAGCUCCAGCAAGUUUAGUGGUAGCAUGGAAACAUUAUUUCCAAGAAAAAUUCCCAAAUUUACAUAUUGUUAUGUUUACGACUCUACCAUGUUAUAAUUUAAUUGGGAAACAAUCCAAUAUUUCAGGUCUUCAAAUUCGUAGACGUAGAGGUAGAAUGCGUAUGGCAGCAGAAGGAGCUCAACAAAUCUUGGACAUUUGUAAGAAACUUACCGAAAGCAAAGUAGAUCUUACUUCUUGGCAGAAUAAAAUCAAAACUGAAAUGGAUAUUGAAUAUGAUGAUGAAGAUGAAAAGGUCAAUGUAGAAGAAGUUAUUCAUUUAAAAAAUGUCGAUACUGAAUACUUUCAAUAUGAAAAAUUUAAUAAAGGUAUUCUAACAAUAGGUUGUGUAGGUCAACCCAAUGUAGGAAAAUCGUCUUUAUUGAAUGCUUUAAUGGGAAAGAAAGUGGUCAGCGUUUCAAAAACUCCAGGUCAUACGAAACAUUUUCAAACAAUUUUUUUAACACCGAAUGUUAAAUUAUGUGAUUGUCCUGGUUUGGUUUUUCCAUCAAAAGUUCCGAAACCACUGCAGGUGUUAAUGGGAAGCUUUCCUAUAGCUCAAUUGAGACAGCCCUAUACUACUAUCAAGUAUAUAGCAGAGAGAAUAGACUUAGUUAGUUUAUUGAAGAUUGAUCAUCCGACAAAUGAUGAUACUUGGUCAGCUAUGGAUGUGUGUGAUGGCUGGGCUAAAAAGAAAGGAUUCUAUACAGCUAAAGCAGCUCGCUUGGAUUCUUAUCGAGCGGCUAAUAGUUUAUUGAGAAUGGCUCUCGAUGGAAAAAUUUGUCUUUCUCUCAGACCACAAGGUUAUACAGAACGUAAAGAAUUUUGGUCAUCUCAUCCUGAUAUUGAAGUAGUAAAGUGGAUUCAAGGUAAACAUUCCGGAGCUGAGCUCAAUAUCGAGGAAAAUAUAUACGAAAGUGAUAUUUCCGAUGAAUACUUACCAGAUGAGAGACCUGAAGUAGAAACGAAUUCUAAUGAAGAUAGUAUUAGUGAAGAUGAAGAAAUUGAAACUACGGCUAAUAAAUUUGCAGCUUUAGGUUCAGAUAUAUGAAUCAAAUUUGUUCUAUUAAUUUACUGAAAUAAAUGUUUUUUUUUCGA